AUGAGCAAGAAAAAGGGCGAGGAUGAACACGAGGACGAGGCCAAGGAUUGGGGGGCAAGUUCGCCAUCAAGCGACUACAUGAGGUGGGAAGUCAUUGUAUAUUUAUACAGUGAACUCACAGGCGAUGCAUUUGACAAUCCAGUUGACGUACUGUGGAACUGCAUUCUCCAUGCCUACUUCAGACUCGAACAAAACUACCUGAUUGGGGCUUUGGGGGACCCAGGUGAGAUGUCGGACAUUGGAGCUGACCUUGCUGUCCGAUGUGUCCGUCACACUGAUGGUGUCACACAAACCUCAAAGCUUGUUCUGAUCGGGAACAGCCGCAUCAGCGACGAGAGCUCAUACUCUGCUUGGUCGGCGGCAACAGAACGACUCCUGGACUAUCUGAAGCAGGCGCGUGUGGAAAAUGCAUCAUCCAACGAGGCUAUCUAUGGCGGCAUUGUCUCUGUGGGGCAUUAUUCCCGGUACUACACUCUCUUCCCAGGCAUGGACACAUUAUCCUGUUUCAGUUCUCGCCGUAUGGAGUAUAUUGGAGCGCCAUUGCAUUUUAAGGAGGACGAAUAUUCGAUGCACACACUCCUGGAAGAGCUUCUCGAGGUCACAUCAAAUGGCAUUUUGGGGAGUCAGGCGGGCGCCGUAUUUCCGAGACAUGAUUCGGUGGAAUUAGUUGCCACUUAUAGAAGAGUCUUUGCCUUAUUUCAUCUUCUGUGUUAG